AUGUCAGGCUCGGGCAGGAAGGACUUUGACGUGAAGCACAUCUUGCGCCUUCGCUGGAAACUAUUCAGCCACCCGUCGGCGCCGGCCGGGCCGGUGGGGGGCGGCUGCUUGCAGCCGGACGGCAGCUUCGAGCACUGGGGGCCGAGCCAGAGCCGCCUGCUGAAGAACCAGGAGAGGGGCAGCAGCGCCUUCUGGAAGAAAUCAUCUUCCUCCAGCCCGCUCAACGGGACCCUGCUGCCCGCCACCAGGCAUGGGCCGGGCCAGCGGCCGUCGCCCAGGACAGUCUUCUACGUGGAGACCCUGGAGGAAGAGGAGGUGCGCGGCGGGCUGGAGCUCACCCGAGAGCAGGAGAAGUCGCUGGUGCUGCAGGAGAUGAAGGAGGAGCCGGCGGACUGUUCGGACUGCAGCAGCCAAGCAACAGGUGAAGGAUGUGGACACAGGUUGUCAGCAGCGGGCCAUCCCCUGACACCUCAAUGUGAUAUGGACUCCAGUAGCUCUGAGGAGUUCUAUCAGGCAGUGCACCAUGCUGAACAAACCUUCAGAAAGAUGGAAAGCUACUUGAAGCAACAGCAACUCUGUGAUGUUAUCCUGAUUGCUGGGAACCGUAGGAUACCUGCACAUAGGCUUGUUCUUAGUUCUGUCUCUGACUACUUUGCUGCCAUGUUUACAAGUGAUGUUUGUGAGGCCAAGCAAGAGGAGAUCAAAAUGGAAGGAAUAGACCCUAAUGCGCUGUGGGAUCUUGUUCAGUUUGCAUACACAGGUUGCUUGGAAUUGAAGGAGGACACCAUUGAAAACCUUCUGGCAGCUGCCUGCCUCCUUCAACUCCCACAAGUAGUAGAGGUUUGCUGCCAUUUUCUAAUGAAGCUUUUACAUCCAUCCAACUGUUUGGGAAUACGAGCAUUUGCUGAUGCACAGGGGUGCACAGAUCUUAUGAAGGUGGCUCACAGCUACACCAUGGAGAACAUAAUGGAAGUUAUUAGAAAUCAAGAGUUUUUACUACUGCCGGCUGAGGAACUACAUAAACUUCUUGCCAGUGAUGAUGUGAAUGUUCCUGAUGAAGAGACUAUUUUCCAUGCCUUAAUGAUGUGGGUUAAAUAUGACAUGCCGAGGAGAUGUAGUGACCUCAGUAUGCUGCUUGCCUAUAUCAGAUUACCAUUGCUUCCACCACAGAUAUUGGCUGACCUAGAAAAUCAUGUACUUUUUAAGGACGAUUUGGAAUGUCAGAAGCUAAUUCUGGAAGCUAUGAAAUACCAUCUUUUACCAGAAAGAAGAACUCUGAUGCAAAGUCCAAGGACUAAACCUAGAAAAUCUACAGUUGGAACACUAUAUGCUGUUGGAGGAAUGGACAACAACAAAGGUGCUACAACUAUAGAGAAGUAUGAUCUCAGGACAAAUAUAUGGAUCCAGGCUGGAGUGAUGAAUGGCAGGAGGCUGCAGUUUGGUGUGGCUGUCAUUGAUGACAAACUCUUUGUUAUUGGAGGCCGGGAUGGUUUAAAGACAUUAAACACUGUUGAAUGUUACAAUCCAAAAACCAAGGCUUGGACUAUCUUACCCCCAAUGUCAACACAUAGGCAUGGUUUAGGUGUUACAGUACUUGAAGGGCCUAUUUAUGCAGUGGGUGGCCAUGAUGGCUGGAGCUAUUUGAACACGGUUGAGAGAUGGGAUCCACAAAGUCAGCAGUGGACAUUUGUGGCAAGUAUGUCAAUUGCCAGAAGCACUGUUGGAGUGGCAGCAUUAAAUGGCAAGUUAUAUUCAGUGGGAGGUCGUGAUGGAAGUUCUUGUUUGAGUUCAAUGGAGUAUUAUGAUCCUCAUACAAAUAAAUGGAAUAUGUGUGCUCCGAUGUGUAAGAGAAGAGGAGGUGUAGGUGUGGCCACAUGUGAUGGCUUUCUCUAUGCAGUUGGAGGCCAUGAUGCUCCUGCUUCUAACCACUGUUCCCGACUGCUGGACUAUGUAGAAAGAUAUGAUCCAAAAACUGAUACUUGGACAAUGGUGGCUCCAUUGAGUAUGCCUCGAGAUGCAGUUGGUGUCUGUCUUCUUGGUGAUAAAUUAUAUGCAGUGGGUGGAUAUGAUGGCCAGACAUACCUGAACACUAUGGAAUCAUAUGACCCUCAAACUAAUGAAUGGAUGCAGAUGGCUUCCCUAAAUAUUGGAAGAGCUGGUGCCUGCAUCGUAGUCAUCAAGCAACCGUGACUUUGUCAGCACUGCUUUGGAUUUUACUGACUGUGAAAUGUUUAUUUUUCUAUCAGACAAGAAUGAUAACUUUGUGAAAAAAAGGGUUUUCAUAGUGAAUACUCUGUUGAUCACAAAGUAGAGGAAAUUUGAAAAUGGGAAAGAUUAAGGAUUUAUGCCCUGACCAGUCAUUCGAAACUGUUCAGUCAGUGAACAAGAAAAAAUCAGUCUGUUGUAGGAGCAAAUGUGUAAACGUACCACAGUAAGUUCAGGUACUGUUCUUGAGAAUGUGUACUGCAGAGCUGCAUAACUGGAAGCACCCAGGGCUAACUCUUCAUAAGGAGCAGAAGGGAUAGGAGAACAGUUUUCAUGAAACAAAGAGGUUUGACUGUGGAACCAUCACAGCACAUUCAGUUACUUUUUCAACUUUGGUUUUAUUAAUAGGAAAAGUAGACAUAACGUGAUGUUUUUCUGACAAAAUCUUAUCUUCAAAGGGGUCAUGGCUUUCCCAGUUAGACAUGUGGUUAGACAAGAAGAGGGAAUCAGUUCUUAUUAAAGUAAAGAGGAAAGGUUGAAAGGUCUGAAUAUGUGAGCACUCCUACUCGUUCAAAAUGAUUAAGCUGCUUCUCUAUAGUCUGAGGGGAAGUAAAUGAACAAAAUAAAACAACACAAUGCUUGUUUCAGUAAUGUUGGACUGUCCCUCCUUGUCAGAGUUGAGAAUCAGAGAUUGCCCUGAAAUCAUAUCCUGAGAAUUAGCACAAACUCAAUGCAGAAAGAAGAGCAAGCUUUUUAGUCCCAUUGAGACUUUGUGGCAAAAAAAUAUGAGUCCAAGGACCUGUCUCAUAAAUCUACCUUAAUCUUGUAUUCAAAUCAAGCAUGUGGGUUCUGGGCACAUUAAAUUUUUUAUUCAUCUUCUGCAUAUAGAAGCCCCUGGAAGCCUGAAAGACAGCUACUUCUAUUCUGUUCUAUCAUUUAACAGAUGAAACAUGACUCAGCAAUGGAAAUUUCUUUUGCCUAAGUUUGAUAGAAGCCUCAUUGCAGAUAGACAAGAGGGAUAAAAAUGUCAUUACAUUUUCUUUUUUUCAAAACCACACACUCAACUUUCCCUGAUUCUAGAUGCCAUAAACCCUUCCAUUUUAUUACUGAAAGUUAUUGCAAGUAAGGGAUGGAUUAGAAAUGUAUGCAAGUAGAAUAAGACAAUAUUAGACCAUCAUGAGCUAAAGCAUUCUGUAUAGAAAAUGUACUAGACCCUUGUGUGCUUCCUGUUAAG